AGCGCGGUAACAACACACAACAACAGCAGUCAUGUUUUUGUCUACCGUAAAGCAGUUUGUCUGCCGUAAACAGCAAUGUUGUGACACUCUUAAACAGGACAAUACUGCCAUCUAUAACAUCAAUAACAUAUACGGCUUUUAGAGAGUGCAGUGCACAACUGCGCACACAACAAGGAGACGAAGCAGAAGAACGAGGAAGAUACAGCCAUGGCGACACCGACGACGAAUCAUGGAGUUUCCCCAACAUUCCCAGCAGCUACUGUCAGCCCUACGAUCCCAGCGCCAGCGGGGCUUCCUGUGCGACUGCACUGUCCUGGUGGGCUCCUGCCGUUUUCUGGCUCACCGGGCCAUUCUGGCCUCCUGCUCGCCUUUCUUCCACAUGUUCUACUGUGACUCUCUGAGUGGCAACGCUGCGUCCAGCAGCUCUGUCACUCUUGACAGUGACAUCGUCUCGGCGCCCGCCUUCAGCCUCCUGCUGGACUUUGUUUACGAAGGCGUGCUGCAGCUGGAGAAGUCGCCGCCCGUGGAGGACGUGUUGGCGGCGGCAAGCUUCCUGCACAUGAACGAGGUGGUGAAAGUGUGCAAAAGGAUACUGCAGAGACAAAGGCCUUUGACGGAGGCAGAUAGCACUCGCCCUGAGGAGAGCGGGACUAAGGCAACAGAGUUCAGGAGACAUGAUCGGGGGGAUGUCGGCACUGAGACCGUGCUGACCAUGGCGGCAGAUCACUUAACUCCUGUCGCUACGGAAGCGGACCUCACGUCGAUAUCUGCAAUGGCAGGAAGUAGUUGGUUGAAGUCCGAGCACAGGACUGAUGCCGGUUCAUCCGAAGCAAGAGUCCACACUCCCUUGAGUCCGGAUCUCGCUGACACCACCCAACCAGGCAUGGAAGCCACUUUUCAGCCGUCCAAUGGACAGCAGGAGGGCCUUGCUGCCGGACGGUCUAGGCUCGGGUCAGAGGGAACCAUCGGGUUGGGGGCCGCUCAUCAAAGCGAGGGCUUAGCUCUCUGCAGCCCAUGCAGCACCACUGAAACAUACAGUCACACCCAGCAGCCGUCUUCGUCUUCACUGGUGUCAGACGUACAGUCGCUGGCUCUUCUCCAAACACAACCUCCGGAGUGUGAUCGCCGGUGUGCGACGGGGCGAGAACCCCACGUGGUCGUGGCGGCCCACGCUCCAGCUCGACCCUCACGUACACAAAAUGAGCCGCCACAUCCCCGCAUCCAAAUCCAGAGUUCCCUCUCAGCCCAGCAGGGAAGUGUGAACUCCCGCACUGUCACUCCCAACAGUCCUCAAGGAAGAGCUCACCCCAAUGAUGGUGAGAACAUGACGGUCAAAGUGGAGGCCAUUGUUAUUUCUGACGAAGAGGAGGAAAAGGUUAUAUGUGAGCCAGUGAUGGAUGAGGACUCUGACGAUGACCUCCAGGAUGAGGAGUUGAACAGACUCUCCUCCCGCCACAUCUCCUCCGACUACAUUUUUGCUCUUUCCCCUUCUUCCUCCUCCUGUUCCGGGGCCGGCCCUUCCUCCUUCCCUCCCCCGUCCACGGCCCGGCCCCACCCGGACCACGCAACAUUUGGGACGGUCUUCCAGGACACCACGGCGGAGGACGUCCCCACGUGCUGCGUCUGCGGCAAGACCUUCUCGUGCACGUACACGCUGCGGCGCCACGCCAUCGUGCACACCAGGGAGCGGCCCUUCGAAUGCCGCUACUGCUACCGCAGCUACACGCAGUCCGGCGACCUCUACCGACACAUCCGCAAGGCCCACGACCAGACGCUGCCGGCCAAACGCAGCAAAGCUGACGUGGAGAACACGCUGUUGCCACAAGCUCCGCCUCUCAGCCAACAUAUAGAAACACACUCCCUCAACCAAAAUACAGCAUUUUAACUUCAUUUUCCAAGGUACACACUCACUGGCCACAACCCUAAGUAAUCAUAAUGAUAUCCACUUUUGAGGAGGUUCCUUACUGGGGUACCUAAUGAGGUGUCGUGUAUACCUACACUACACACCUGAUGUGAUUAAAUGUGUCAUUUUAGUAUUUUUAUAACGUGGCCUAAAAAUGUAAUCCUUUCUCAACAAUUGGCUUUGAGACCCAUCAUUAAAUACACACUUUUUAGCACCAUAUAUUUGGCACCAGGACCCUGAAUAUGUAUGCUUUUGCUUUUACGGUUUGUAUACAGUCGCGGUCAAAAGUGUAUAUACACUUGUAAAGAACAUC